GCAGCAAACGGCAACAGAGGUCGGACAAUCGAUAAGGCUUUCGAGAGCAAAACUGAACACAAAAACACCAGCACUCCUCCCGCUUCCCUCCGGCUCUCCAGCUCCACUGGCCAUGGCGGAAACCCUCGUCGGCCUCCGUUUGGCCGCCUCCGCCGUCCAGCAGCCUCAAAUCCGCCGAAUCUCAUGUGCCACGCCGGCCCACUGCCGUCUCAGCCCGUUCCGUCGCGGUCGGCUGUGCGCCCGGGCGGCGGUCACGGGGGCGCCAGAGGUGGACGAGGAAGACGCCAUGAGCAUAGACAACCUGUGCCGCUUCUUCGACCUCAACGUCGGCAAGUGGAAUGGGUCGUUCUACCAAUUCGAUGCGCAUGGGAGGAUGCUGCAGGAAAUCAGCACGCGGCUGUCCGUGAGCACAUACGGGGAGGGAGACCUCAUCAGCCUCAUGCAAUCGCUGUAUAUCAAGCAGGCUUCAUCUGAGAUAUCGUUUGUAGGCGAGGAGGAUUCUGAACCAGAGUGGGUGGAGUACAAAAUCAAAGAGACGAACAUGUUCACCGUGGAUAAAUAUCAGCAGAUAGGGUUCUUUCCUGUACAGAAAGCAUUUGCACUGAGAUACCAGACUGCUGGAAUGCUGGAGACUGUUCUUCGAGCUGGUGUGCUUGGGGAAGAUGAUACCGGUGAAGAAUCCCCCAGAAACUUGAAGAUACCUUCUCGUAAACCAUCUAUUGUUUGUGAGAAUUGUCUGUACUCUCUUGAUGGCAAUGGUCGAGUAAGGGCUUUUCACAUAAUGGACCCUCAGGGAGUGCUCGAUACACUCAUUGUUUUUCAUGAAAAACAGGGUUCCAUAGUGUCACUUACUGGUUCAUCACCUGAUGAUCCCGAGAUUACCAGCGAUGAUAGGAUAACGGCCCUGCUUGGAAGGUGGGAGGGCCGUUCUGUGACAAAGAGGAGCGGGGUGUAUGGAUCAACACUUGAUGAGGCUGAUACAGUUGUUCUCCUUGAAACGGACAACAAUGGUCAGCUGAUUCAGGAUAAUAUAUCAACGAAAAUGGGAACUAGCACGACAACAACGAUCCACUGGACAGGAUUAGCAAAUAACAACUUGCUUCAGUUUCAUGGAGGUUAUGAGAUGACUUUGCUACCUGGAGGAAUGUACAUGGGAUAUCCAUCAGACAUCAGCAAGUGCAUUGAGCAGUUAGAUUCUUUUCAUUUGGAGUUCUGUUGGAUGGAAUCGCCAGGAAAGAGGCAGCGGCUUGUCCGGACUUUUGACUCAGCUGGUCUUGCUGUUUCAUCAACCUACUUCAUAGAGACCAAAGUAUGAGUCACAACUUUACUUGCUUUGUACAAAAUGUAAUGCACCAAUUCUGUGAGUUUUCCAGUAAUCUUAUUGGCUAGUGCUGUGGUACAUUGUAAAUGAUAAAUGAGUAUAUAGUGUCUCUGCAAAAUUAAACAUCGUAAUUUUUUUGAGCUAGUGCUUUGUUCUUC